UUGAGCUCUUCAAUUUAAAAGUUUCACCAGAUUUUGAAGAAAAACCCAAAUUUCCUUCAUGCAUCAAACUCUUCAAACUUUCUCCAAAAUAAUUUGUCAGAAACCCUCUCUAUAUUUAACCCCACAAUUCCUUACGGUAUCUAUUUUUUUAUCAUUUUUUUUUUUUCCUUUCCCGCUUCUUCCUUCUUCUUCCUCGGCGCCCCUUUUCCUUUCACGGUGGCUGGGUCGCACAAGCGGGACGAGCUGGUCCGGAUUGGCCACGAUUCCGAUAGUGGGCUUAAGGGUCAUUAGAUAAAGAAGAGAGAAUGGGAUUGCCAGAUACAUCCGGAGAUUUGUCAUCGGAAGUGGAGGUUGAUGCUUUUAGACGCCUCUUCCCUCUUCGUUUUUAUGAGCGUCAUCUCGCUGAAUCUAUCCGGCCUGAUGGUAGGCCACUUGGAAGAGCUAGAGAUACAACUAUAUCCCUUGGGGCUGUUGCAUCUGCUGAUGGGUCAGCAUUGGCAAAGAUUGGUUCAACUACAAUGUUGGCUGCUAUUAAAAUGGAAGUCAUGACUCCUUCCAUGGAGUCACCAGAUGAGGGCUGCUUAGCUAUUGAUUUCCACAUGCCUCCAAUUUGUUCUCCAAUUGUUAGGCCUGGCAGGCCAGCUGAGGCAGCACCAGUAGUGUCAAAACAAUUAUCUGACACUAUUUCAAGUUCUGGCACGGUUGAUUUGAAAGAGUUAUCCUUGGUCAGUGGAAAAGCUGCUUGGAUGGCAUACUUGGACAUAUACUGUUUGGAUGCUGAUGGUGCUCUCUUUGAUGCUGCUUUACUUUCAGCUGUUGCUGCCUUGUCUUAUUUACAAAUCCCUGCAGUUUCCCUAAACGAGGACGGUAGAGUUGUUGUUGUGUCUGAGGAAGAUGGACGAAAGACGGAAAAGGAGCCUGUUAAUAAAGAGAAGAGGAAGCUCACACUGAAAAGCAUUCCUUUCUCACUAACAUGCAUACUUCAUAAGAACUACAUCUUGGCAGACCCUACUGCAGAGGAAGAGUCCAUCAUGGAAACUCUUGUUACUGUGGUUUUGGAUUCAUCAAGUCGACUCAUUUCUCUUUAUAAGCCAGGCGGACCAGUUCUCGCUUAUACAUCAUCUAUCCAGGAUUCCAUUGCACUGACAAGGCAAAGAGUGAGGGAACUACAGAAGAUUUUAGAUGAAGCCAAUUCUGGUAUGGAGGUGGACUAGCUUUGAUAUUUAUUUUUCGAGGGGACUGUCAUAUUGAUUCAUGCAGUUGGUGAGUAGUUCUGUUUUGCAUCUCUAUUUGUUUAUUCCUGGUUGCUGUAGUGACAUUGUUUACUCUAUAAAAAAGGUUUUGAAGAGUAGCAUCAUUAAUCAA